CUGAUGCGUCGAGUCCGCCGCAAAGCUCAUAAGACGAAGAAGAAGAAGACUUUUAUUCUGAAAGCGCGUUUGUAUUCUCCCGCGGUGUUUGUCGGGGCUUCCGUUGGAGGAAGGCGCGCGCGCGGAUCCGAUCAGAAGGAUGUGUUCUCUCGGUGUGUUCCCGGCGCCGGUAACGGCUGCACAGACGCUGUUCGAGCGCAACAACGAGCUUCUGUCAGCGCUUCGUCCCGGAGAACACGUUCAGCCGUGUGAUCUGCCCAGUCCUCAGUUCACCAGAGACACUCUGAAGGGUCACAGUCGUCCAGAGAGCAGCAGUAAAUCAGUGUUCCUGGACCAGAGGGACACGCUGUGGAUGAGGAGCGCUGGAGCCUGGCGUGACGCGGGGCUGUACGGUCUGCUGGAUGAGAUCACUAACAGCGCAGAGGAAGUGCCCAGGUUCCUGGCCGUGGGGUCCGCCUGCGUCCUGGCUCUGCUCAGAUGGGCUUCUUCAUUCCACGGCUCUCUGUUUCCACAUCUGACUUUGAGCCGUGACGAGAUGGUGGCAGAGUUUUCACAGAUGCUGGAUUGGUCUGACAGCGCUCUGAGGAGCUUCGCCUGGCAUCCUCACACUGAUAAGUUUGCUGUAGCUCUGCUGGACGACUCCAUCAAGAUUUACAAAUCUAACAGUUCUCCGACGCCGACGCUGAAGCACCGCUGGCAGAGGUCCGUGUGCGCUCUGCAGUGGAAGCCUCUGUGUGGCUCUGCUCUGGCCGUGGCCUGUCAGUCCUGUCUGCUCAUAUGGCACGUGGACCCCGCCUCCCUCUCCACCAGGCCGUCGUCCGGCUGUGCGCAGGUCUUGUCUCAUCCGGGUCAUUCUCCCAUCACCUCCAUCGCUUGGUCCCCCACCGGCUCGCUGCUCGUGUCCGCAUCUCCCGUCGACACAUCCAUGAUGGUGUGGGAUGUGGCAGCAGAGAGCGGUGUGCCGCUGCAGCGGGUGGGUGGCGGCGGCGUCACGUAUCUCUCAUGGUCUCCAGACGGCAGUCGACUGCUGGCAGCUACUCCAGCCGCUCUGUUUAGGGUGUGGGAGACGCGCAUGUGGACGUGUGAGAGAUGGCCGUGUCUGAAAGGCAGUUGUCAGUCGGCCUGCUGGAGCCCAGACGGUGGCUGUCUGCUGUUGAGUAUGCAGGGAGAGAAGGUCAUAUAUGCGCUCACCUUCUCCGAUCUCACAGGUGGUUCUAAAGCCGCCAGCGUGGUGGCUGAUCUCUCCGAGACCACCUUCCCUGGACCUGAUGGAGACCUCACUGUCGGGGGAGAGGUGUGCUCUCUUUCAUGGGAUCCGAGAGGUGAAAGACUUGCUGUGCUUCUGAGAGGUGAUUCGCAGGCGGUUAAUCACCCGUCGGUCAUAGCCGUCUUCAAAACACGCUCCAGUCCUGUCUUUGAGUUGCUGCCAUGUGGUUUUGUGAUGGGAGCUGGAGCAGAGCCUAGAUUCAUGCAGUUCCAUCCGCACUUCCAGCACGGCGCUCUGCUUACUGUGUGCUGGUCUGACGGUCGCAUCUCUCACGUGCCGUUUUACUUCAGCAGCGCUGGGCUUUUAGGAGGAGACUCGCCGCAGCAAGCCCUCGCCAGCAACUCGACGGAGCAUUCCUCAAACAAACUGUACACUGAACAACUUUCCUGAACACCUUCACUUCCCUCAACCACUGACUUUAACUGCACAGCCCUCAUUCUACUGUCAUAAACGCUUUUACAGCACACUGUGUGGCUUGUAUAUUUGAAGAUAAACAAAUAUAAGUUUUUGCAUUAUUUGGAUUCCACAUAAUGUGGAGUGAUGUUCUGCAGUGAUGCUUGCGUUUUUGCAAAGCAGCACAUGUGGUGCUAAUUUGAAACAUUUAGGAGCUCGUGAAGUACUUUAGUGGUGAAAUGAAAUAAUAGUUUGUUUUUCUUUUAAUAAAGACAUGGGAGGAGA